CAUGGCGUCUGAAGCAGAUGAUUCGGUGCCACUGAUAAGCCAUGCGCCGGCAAGUGUAGCAGGUACGUUAUAAGAAGGAGCUCGUUUUCUCCAAGUUGUCUCCUCUGGAACCGCGCUGUCGAAAGCGCCCUGGGGUUAUUCGCUGUACUUCCCGAUACUACAGUUGCACAAUCUUACAAGUGCAUGCCUUGAAAGCACCAUUUCGAGCAUAAGGGCACAACUCGAUAUGCCCUUGUCCCAAAAGACGCAUUACCUAGUGCACCCGAAGUUUCCAACUUCUCAGCGUUUCGCUAACGAUCGCAGUAUAUCGAGACGUUUGUUCACGGAUUCGUAGCCUGCGAGACUUGCGCAAGUUCGGGCAGAGUCAAAAGAGCUCAGAGAGCGCAUUUCCUCAAGGGCCUGUAGAACUUCGCAAGCUUGAACAACAACAUUUUCCGAGUCCGCUUCAUACCUCUCGUCUCGCAGGCAUGAGUGAUGUGGAGACUGAUAAAGAAGCAAAAGCUGCACGAAUAUGGCUAUUGGGUAUGCUGGAAUAUCAGAACAGGUUCAUGAGCCGUCAGCACGAGCUAGGGAUGUUCAGACGCGCUAUAGAAAAGCAGUUGAAAGGCCGGCAAGAGGAGUGGUCUGAUCUGGAACGCCUCUACAUGGCACUUACAGACCGUGAUCUUGCGUCACCAUUGGAGCGAUUGCGUGCAGCAUUCAUGGUCGUGUUCCACCUCAACGAGCGUCUUCAGCAUGCAUCUGACAUGGAUGCUGAAUUGUUCAAAACGCGCGAGGGUAUCCAAACGGCUGACAACGCUUCCAUUAUCGACGAUAACGCUGGCUGCUGUCCAAUCUGCCAAACCUCAUACACUUCUCUUGCAGAUCGCCCAAUCGAAGAGCUGUUAGCCGACUAUCCUGUACGAAUCAAGCACUGUGGCCACAUUGUUGGCAAAGCUUGUCUCGAGCAGUGGAUGAGAACACCAAAGAUUGAAGAGGCGAAAUACCCAUAUCGCACGUGUCCGCAUUGCCGUAUCAAAAUCGAAGGCGUGAAAUCGCCUCCGGUGCCUGAGGGAUUGUUGGAUCAUCUGAAGACCAACCGACGAGCCAUAGAGACAGGACGAGAACUAAUGUACGGGUAUGAUAUGGAUCCCGAAGAGCGUCUCAGCGCUGUCACCGCUUGUAUGAGCGAAGAGAUCUCCUGUAUACAGCUGUUAUCCAAGAUCGAAUGGACAGAGGACCAAAGGGAGGACAAGUGUAUCUUAGAAGACAAGCUGGUGGGCCUGAGGAAUGAGAGGUGGGCUUGGGGUUUCAGAGGAGACGGCAUCUGGGCCAAGCUGAGAGCGGAGUGGAUGGACAGCGGUGUCAUCCGGGAGGGCUGAGGAGAACCAUGAUAGCGCGUCUGCACGUCGCCGAGCGUUUUUCGUUCCUUCGCUCCUGCUUACACUAAUGUUCAGCGGAAGACAUCAGAAUGGACUCGGACGAAAAUAUGAGGAUUUCGUGGGUGUCACGAAAGGGCCGAACUAGCUGCCCGUAUUUGCUAGCUCUUAGCUUUUGAGGCAGUGCAAGUUCAUGAGGCAUUUUCAAAUGUCAAAAACAACGCAUCACGAGGGCGGACUUCCCCGCCUGCUCGAAUAUCGCGCACAGAUUCGGGGCUGUCAAGCGUAGCUUCGUUGAAAACGGAGGUUUCGUGAAGACGCAACAGCAAACCAAUCUACA